GGUUGAAGCCCUCAGGGACAGAAGGCAUCCUCAAACCACAACCAUGGGUGUCUCUACUUGCUAGGCAUAGUAGGAACCACAGGCUCUGAGGACUGGAACAUCUAUAGAGCCCUCCAUAUACCUUUCAUCUGGAGCCUCUCAUGGGAUCAAGGAACCAGGAAGCUGAGGAGAAAAAGGAGAACUAGGCAAGAGGACAGUCUACUGUGUAGAAGGAGACUGCUCGUUUUUCCCUCUAGGCUCUGGUGUGGGUGCAGGUGACAACUGAGCUGAAGAAAUGAUCCGCAGAGGAAUAGGAUUGUGGCUGCCUUCAGCUCUGCUCCUCUCUCGGGUCCCAGGCUGUGUCCCUCUGCGUGGCCCCAGCAGUGUGACAGGCACUGUGGGGGAAUCUCUGAGUGUGACUUGUCCAUAUAAGGAGAAAUUCAAGUCGACCAUCAAGUACUGGUGCAGAGGGUCACAUGUUCUACUUUGCGAAGAUAUUGUCAUGACCAGAGGCUCAGAAGAAGCUAGGAAUGGCCGAGUGUCCAUCCGGGACCAUCCAGACAACCUGACCUUCACAGUGACCUUGCAGAGCCUCACCCUGGAGGAUGCAGGCACCUACAUAUGUGGGGUGGAUACACCAUUUCCCUAUUACCGCUUUCGGAAUAGAGAGUCAUUCAGGGUUGAGGUGUCUGUCAUCCCAGGUUCAAGUCCUGGGAGCAGUAUAAAAAUCCUGGAGCCCACCAGAUCCACAGCCAGUUACACUCAGCCCAGCGUGACCACAAAUGAAACAAUUCCUGCUCCCAGCCCACAGACUCGGUCCCUUCUGAAUAGCCUCUACUUCUGGGUUCUGGUGUUUCUGGAGUUGCCCCUGUUCCUGUGCAUGAUUAGUGCCGUCCUGUGGGUGAACAGGCCUUAGAGGUGCUCUGGGAGGCACGGCAUUUGGCCCUGUCACGAAUACCAGUGAAGACUGUUGAUGUGGAGGCUCUGUCCUGGACACAUCACCUAUAUUCGCUGAGGACAACAAGUAAACCUGUGUUCUUUUUUUUUUUUUUUUUGGUUCUUUUUUUUGGAGCUGGGGACCGAACCCAGGGCCUUGCGCUUCCUAGGCAAGCGCUCUACCACUGGGCUAAAUCCCCAACCCAAACCUGUGUUCUUGAGAAUGCUCUGAGAUUGUUAGAAGAUUCUCUGCGCUCUAUCAAACACAUAGAAGAAUGUGCCCAAUAAAUACCCGCUGGAGAAUUGGCUCAGUGGUUAAGAGCAGCAGCUGCUCUUCCAGAGUCCCUGAUUUCAAAUCUCAGUCACCACACUGGUGGCUCACAACCUCCUGCAAUAGGAUCCGAUUCCCUCCUCUGCUAUACAGGUGCACAUGCAGAUAGUACACUCAUAUAUUAAAUAAAUUUAUUAAAAUUAAUUGCAUAGAAUUAUAACACAGCACCUUUACUUGUUCUUUGGUGUGUUCACAUUGUGUACAACAUGGCUCUAUCCUGUCCACCUGCGUCCCCACCGUCCCACUCCCUCAGGCCUGUGUCCCCUGCUCUCCUUCAUGUUCCAUUUCUCUUUUUCUUUUUGAAUCUCACAGAGAACAGUUAGUGCCUCCUGACUGAAUGCUAGCUGACCUUGCUGACCUCGUCUUGGGCGUGUAACCAAGGCUGUAGUGACCUUGGGAUCACGAGACAAUGCCACAUUCAGAACUCAGCAUUUCAGGGCACUCUCCUCCCCUACCUCUGCCUGUGGAACUCUUUCCUCUCCCUCCCUGCCUUGUCUGGAAUUCCUGGUGUCAUACAGGGCUGAGCACCUGAUGGUCACUUACACCACAACAGAAGGAAACAUCGCCAACCAAGGCCAGGGCAUCACUCAUUAACAGGUAGAGAUGUAGAUAUUUAGAGGACAAUUUGACAGCUUCUCCAAUAAAUACGUACACCUUCCAUGAGAAAUACUCAAUGCACUGUGUCCUCCAGAUUCACUAAUAGAAUGCGGUCUACACUGAUGACCUUACUGUCUGCUGUCACAUCCCUGCUUCCCAGCCACCCUGGUGACAUCCUGAAUCUAACACUUCUAUCUGCUUGGCUUAAGGCUUUGCCACAUACAUGCUCAUGGGCUUGCCAAGGGUGUAUUUUUUAGCUUCUCUGGGUCUGAUUGUUAUAUAAACAAGGUUAUAUAUUUUUUUUGUUUUACAUACAUAGAAUCUCACUACAGAUGUCUGGUCCAGAAUUCACUGUAUUGACCCGUUUGGCCUUGAACUCAGAAAUUGACCAGUACUGUCAUACCAGAACCAAUGUUACAUUUACCCCCUGUGUUCUGAAGUAACCCCAAAGCCUGACUCAUAGAACAAGCACUUUGCCACAGAGAUGCAACCCACACUCCCCUCCUAUCUGUCUGUCUGUCUGCCUGCCUGUCUGCCUGUCUUUCAAUGUUCUCCGUCCUUUCUUCUUCCUUCUUUGUCAUUAAUAGGGUCUCACUAUACAGCCCAGGGCAGUUUCCAACCCCCGAUCCUGAUCCUCCUGCCUCUGCCCCCUAGUUCUGGGGUUACAGCCAUGUGCUACCAUGCCCAGUCACCUGCUUCUUUUCUAUGUCUUGUGGCUUUACCAGUUAACAUGGUGUCUUUGAGGUUCCAACAACUGAUAUGUGGAUGCUAUAACGUGCACCCAGCCUGUGCUGCCCUCUGGUUGGCUAUGUAAGCACCCAAGACAGCAUUUUUCCCUUCUGUGGUUAAACACUUUAGAAGGUCUUUUCCCUUCACCUUCCUUCCCCAUUCUUGUUUUCUUCCUCCCUCCCCCUUCCUGCUGUUGUUAUGAAAUACAACACAAGCACUCAUCACCAAGACCUGCUUUUUAUGUGAGUUCUGCUGAUCUGCCUCAGGUCCUCAUGCUGGUUCAAUGGGCCCUUUAUUGACUGAAUUACCUCCACUGUCAGAUAUAUAGAUAUAGAUAGAUAUAGAUAUAGAUAUAGAUAUAGAUAUAGAUAUAGAUAUGUAUAGAUAGAUAGUUAUAGCAAUAGAUACUGAUAUAUAGAGAUAGACAUAUGCACAGAGAUAUAGAGAAGGAGAUAUACCUUUAGAUGAAAAGCUUUUAAUUGCAGUGUAGCAAAUUAGUCAAUAUUUCCUUUCUAGCUUAGGCCUUUAACUCUGACUUAAGAAAUUUCCAUACAAGCACGUGCUUGCAAUCCCAGCACACUUGACUUAGAGGCAGGAGAAUCUGGAGUUUCAUCCUCAGCUACAUGGUAAAUUCUAGGUCAUCUUAGACGACAUACGACGGUGGAGAGAUGGUUUGGCAGUCACAAGCACUGGCUGUUCAUCCAGGUUUGCACCCCAUAGAAGCUCACAGUGGCCUCUAACUCCAUUUCUAGGGGAUCCAACUACCUCUUCGGUCCUGUCUGAGCACUGCCAGGUACAGUGAUAUGGACAGGGGCACAAACCCUCAUGCAAAUAAAAAUAAGCAAAAACAUUUUCAACAAAAUCAACAACCUAAGUGGAUGAAGAGGAGGGGGAGACUAGUCAUAACAGGGAGAAGAGAAGGUGAUGCCCUAAAAUUUAAAUUGCUCUCCUGAAUUGUAAACAUGUUUGUGUCUAACUCCUUACAUUUUAUUUUUCAUGAUUAUUGAGUACAUGUGUGAUGUGUGUGCGUGUGCAUGCCACAGUCAGGGCAGACCUUCAUGGAAUCAGUUCCCUCCUUCCACAGUCACAUGAGGUACAGAAACUGAAUCCAGGUCACCAGGCUUGCUGAGCAUCAUCACCCACUGAGCCAGCGCGGUUCACACGGGUACACCGUGGUCUUCUAGCUGGAGUGGUAGUCUUAAGUCUUGGUGUCUCGGCUCUCUUCUUACCUAUCUGUAAGUCUUCCUCCACACUGGACAAGUCCUCUGCUGUUCCCAUCUUGGGAAAGACAAUCGAGUUCCUAAAAGGAAAAUCAAAUUUGGGCUCGAGAGAUGGCUCCACUGAGAGCAGCAGCUGCUCUGGCAGAGACACUGAGUUCACUUCUUAGCACCCAGCCUGGGUGUCUCACAGCCCAGCUCAAGGGAUUAAUGCCUCCUUCUGGUCUCUGUAAGACCUGUCUUAUAAGGUGCAUAGACAGAAAGACGGACAGACAGACAUGAAAAACAACACAAAGUUUUAUAAAAGGAAAGGUUUUCUGAAAAGCCCGUGUUGGGACUUUGAGUGCGAGCCCAUGUCUCAGGCAGGGAUUCUGUUGCCGUGAAGAAUCACCAACCACAACCAAAAGCAACUUGGGGAAGAAAAGGUUUAUUCUGUUGUCUCUUCCAUAUCUCAGUCCAGCAUCAAAGCAGUCAAAACAGAAGACAGACAGGGCAGGAACCCCGAGGCAGGAGCUGAUGCAGAGGCCAUGGAGGGCGGCCACUUACUGUUCCUCUCCUCAUGGCUUGCUCAGCCUGCUUUCUUAUAGAACCCAGGUCCACCAGCCCAGAGCUGAAACAGGAAGUCUGUCUCUGUAUGUAGUCAUGGUGACUUGAUGUCCUGGAACUCACAGAGAUCCCCCUGCCUCUGCCUCCCUUCUGUGGGCAUCAAAUGUCUGUAUCACUCUGCCUGCAUGGAGCUGUUUCUCAGCUGAGGUUUCCUUCUCUCAGGUGACUGUAGCUUGGGCCAAUUGGACAUUAAACCCAGGCAGCACAGAGCCUCCAAUGCACCGUUAGGAUAACUUCCUUAUCUAUGAACACGGACUGUAAGCACAAUGACUUGGGAACUUUGAAAAUAUCUUCUAAGGGUCAGUGGGAUGGAUCAGCCUUGUGGUGAAAGCCUGGUCACCUGAUGUCAGUGCCCAGGACUUAGGGUGGAAGGAGAGAACCAACUCCCAUAAGUUGUCCUCUGACUCCCAUGUGCAGGCUGCACUGCAUUCCCACACUCACAAACACGCCCCACACCACACGCACAAUAAACAAUAUUUAAAACCAAUAAUAAAAUGUUCUUUAAUAAAUGAU